AUAAUAAAUUAGGAAAUUUUGCAGAUGUCUGUAUUAUUCCCAAGACUGAUUCUGUGAGUUUCAAAGUAAUGGAAGCAGGAUUUCCUCCGAAAGCCUUUCCUCUUGGACAACUUUCUUCUGUGGAGGCAUGGCUUCACUGCACAUAAUCAUGCUUACUUGAGUAGUUUGUGCAGCAAAUGACAUCCCAUUGAUUUCAAAGAGGUAUUUUUUGAUGAUAACCUUUUAAAAAGUAAAGUAUAAAACUGCAGAGGAAAGAAAUUGGAGCUAUAAAGAGCAGCCAUGAGGUAAACCAAACUGUGAGCUGCUUAAAAUUAAUGGGAUUACCUGCAGGUCACCAGAGAAAUGACAUUAUUUCCGUAUAAAGUGCAAGGAUGUAACCUGUCAACACAGAAGAUGUGGUCAGACAUCCAGGCCAGUUACUAUAAUCACUUUCAAAACGUGUCUACAUACAGUCAUCCUCAAGUAGUUGUAUAAAAGUGCAUUUUCAGGUGCUGGUAUCUGAAAUUGCAGUCAGAAGUUUGAAACGGGGUGCCUGGCAGCCCUUGCAUUGGGAGCACUGCCCUCCCCAGCACAACCUGUGAGACAGGCACCUCUGAUACACUGAUCAGCAUCUCCACUUGCAGAUACCAGGUCAAUGUUUUAAAACCUUUUCUUGACACAUCACCUGUCCUCUGGAGUCACAGGAUCUUUUUUCUCCCUCCCUGUCUGUGAAUUGUUCCAGUUGUCAGUGGGCAGGAACAGCCCUCGGUGUUGCACUGCUUGCUCGGCGCUGCAAUUUCCUUUCAGCGCUCUCUUCGAGGAAGUGAAACCACUGAGAUGUAUUUUUGCAUGUUGGGGUGCCAAAGCAAAAUGAAGCACUGCAGGCAGGAGAGGAAGGUAGCUGAGAAGAGCUGCCCUUACGGGGAGGAGGAAAACUCCAUAUUCUCUCUGUGUUAGAUUCUGACAAUGUUUCAAAGCACACGAUAAAGUGUGCGCUGCAUUUACCAAAAAAAAUACGCCACAGGCCAGUCUUCACCUUGGGUGUUUUGCUUCUCUUUCUGCUGGCAGCACUAAAAACUGCAAUUACAUGAGAUGAACAAUGGCCACAGAUGUCUUCAACUCCAAAAGUCUGGCCAUUCAGGCCCAGAAGAAGAUCCUUGGAAAAAUGGUGUCCAAAUCAAUAGCAACUACUUUGAUUGAUGAUACAAGCAGUGAUGUUUUAGAUGAGCUUUACAGAGUAACAAAGGAAUAUACACAAAAUAAAAAAGAAGCAGAGAAGAUCAUCAAAAACCUCAUUAAAAUAGUCCUCAAAUUGGCAAUUCUCUACAGGAACAACCAGUUUAAUCAGGAGGAAAUAGCACUGAUGGAGAAAUUCAAGAAGAAGGUCCAUCAGCUGGCUAAGACCGUGGUCAGUUUCCAUCAAGUGGAUUAUACCUUUGACAGGAACUUUUUGUCCAAACUCUUGAAUGAAUGUAGAGAGCUGCUGCAUGAAAUCAUUCAGCGUCACCUAACUGCGAAGUCACACGGACGCGUCAACAAUGUGUUUGAUCACUUCUCUGAUUGUGAAUUCUUGGCUGCCUUGUACAAUCCCUUUGGACCUUAUAAAAUCCAUUUGCAGAAACUUUGUGAUGGGGUCAACAAAAUGCUAGAUGAGGGGAACAUAUAAGUACUUGUAUUAGAGGUGACUGCCUAUGAGUUAUUUGUGGAUGGAACACUGUUGAUUUAUGAAGGAAUAAGGGAGCAUGCAAAGAGGUUUUUUUACAUUAUACCAAAUCUUUCCUAAAUAUCUUUAUUAAUUGAUUUCUUACUGUGUGCUAUCUGUUGCUAUUCACAGUCAAUCUGGAAGAAAAACUGCACAUGACUUUUUUUACUGUGCUUUGCCUAUGGAAACAGCUUGAUAAAGAUAAUCAAACAGAAUGGUUCAAGUAGAGUGAGAGUCUUGUGAGAUAGAUAUACAAACCAAAACAAUAUGCCGUCAGACAAUCCGCAUCUUUCAUAGAUUUACAGAAUUAAUUCUAAACUAUCAGAAUCCAUUAAUGUUGGUAACAGACUGUCAUGGUGAUGGUACACUCUGUAAUUUCUUUCAUUUACUUGUAAAAUAGACAUAUUUGAUUCAGUUAUAUCUUUUAUGCUCUCUGCACAGAUAACAGCUUCCUAGUGUUGCCAUUAUGAAGCAUUGAGUUUUAAAUAAAAUCAGUGAUGCUGUCACAUAGAGUCUUAACAGCAGGCUUGUGCAUCUCCAGCUCAGAGGUGAAAAAUUCCUGUCUGCAAGGCAGGAUCUCCCAAGUAGAGAUCCUGAUAGACCUGCACAGGUGCUUGCUUCCUUUGACUACAUGGGGAUUAUUUGAGGAAUAAGCUACAGGAAAAGAGCUGAACUGGGAAAGAGCAUUCUCAAGAAACUGCUUGUGGUACAGAAUUUUAACUCUGCCUACAAUAAGAUAAAACACAGUGACUUCUCUGUGCAAUUCCUUAAGAUUUUUAGAAUUCUGCUAGUAGAAUCAUAGAAACAAUCAUUUGGGUUGGAAGGGUCACAAUUCUUUUCGAAAAGAUGUGAGUCAUUAUAUCUGAUAUACUAGUCUGAUGUGUAUGAUCAUGUGAAUUCACCAAAGUUGAUAAAUUGCAAGCCAAUUUGCGUUGUGUACAAUGAGAGUAGAAACAGAAAUUAAUGUUAUCAUUGUGUUAUAUACUAUUUAACUAAUGGAAAAAUGGAAUUUUAAAUAAAUUUUUUUCUUCUUUUCUUACUUCCUACUUUUUAUCCUUUUUCUUCUUCAUCUUCUCUCUGCCUUGACAUUGGGGAUAAAAAAUGUGACUUUCUAGACACUGUAAUGUACUUAAAAGCAUGAAGUUAAUACAUUUCAAACAGCCAAAGACUUUUUGUUAGGAAGCAUAUAAAGAAUUUGCUGUUUAUUUAAUUGCCAGUGUUUUUGCUGUUUGCUGUGUCCUUUUGUUUUAAUGAGUAAACCAAAGAAUAUUUGCACUCCAAACU